UUUCUGUAAAAACAACAUCUCACCUUCUUUCUUUAGUCCAAGUGCUGGAGCACGUUUGAGUGAUCAUGGAGUACAUUUACUGUCAUGUAGUUCAGCGUUAAUACGGCGUGAAUAUCAUAAGAGGGGGACUUCUGCGUGGAUACGAGGAGCCACAGUCAUGGCUGCACGGGAGGAAGGAGAGGUUUUGCACAGUAAAAUAAGGCACCACGACGGAGCUGGAAGUGUAAACAGCUCCGAGGGCUUCAGGAACGGCUAUGUGAAGAGCUGCGUCACCCCUCUCAAAGAGGACCAUCAGAGGGGAUUUUUGUUUAACGUGUGCAGGUUUUGCAACGAAGACGUACUCAAUUCCAAAUUGUUAAAGGUCUCAGCUCUCUACGUCGGCGCGUUUGUAAUCUUCGCGCUUUCUUUCCUCAUUUCUAGGAGCUUGCAAAGUGACUCGCUGUGGGAUUUGCGGACUUUUUUGUCGGCUUUCUCCCAGUCCAUCAGCCCUUUAUUCAGCAUAGGAUGUGCUUUCUUCUUUCUAACGUUUUACCUGAGGAGGAAAAAGAGGGAGAGCAGUAAAUGUUGGCUCGUGUCACUGCCAGCAUCGUGUUACCUCGGGGAUUUUUUGGUUUUGCGGUUUCUGCAAUGGGGAGAGGACCAGCACCAGAUGCAAAUGGUGGGCAGGUUGUUAUUCGUGUUGGGAUGUGUGGGUCUCCUCACGCUGAUCCCCACUCUCAAACUCAAACACAGUGUUCUCAUACUGGUUUUCGCCAGCAUUGUGUGGCUGGUCUCUUUUACAAGUUUGAGCGGUUUGCCUGCACUGCUCAGACCGCUCUUCGCCUGCUUUGCGGGGGUUUCUGGCUCCCUGUUGGGGCUCUGUUUUGACCAUUACUACCCGUCGAGGGAAGCACCGAGUGGGAUUUCCACCGCGGAGGAAAAGGUGCCUGUGAUCAGACCUAGGAGAAGGUCCAGUUGUGUUUCACUGGGGGAAACGUCGACAAGCUAUUAUGGCAGUUGUAAAAUGCCUCGCAGACCUUCGUUGCCCUGUAUAUCCAGAGAACAGAUGAUCUUGUGGGACUGGGAUUUGAAACACUGGUACAAACCACAGUAUCAGGGGGCGGUGAGCGGCAACGGCGUGGAUCUUUCGGUCAUCAACGAGGCCAGGAACCUGGUGUCGGACCUGCUCAUGGACUCUCUGUCGCCGCACACCAUCUCAGCUCUGCGCAGCAUCUCCAGCCUCAUGGGCACAUUUUCAGGCUCGUGCCGCCCCAGGGUGAACCCCUUCACCCCCUUUCCAGGUUUCUACCCCUGCGAUGAGGUGGAGGACCCUGUGGAGAGGAGUGACAGGAAAACCAUUAAGGGUUUGAGUAGCAGAAACAGCCUCCCCACCCCUCAGCCCAGACGGAGCUCCACCUCUUCCUCGUGCUCCGCACUCCCUUCUCUUGACUCCGCCUCUUCGCGCUGGGAACGUAACAGUGGCAAGAGACCCCACCCUGACCUCAACUUGACCAGCCCAGGUCUGUCUAAUGGGCCCAAUGCAAACCUGCUCACCAUUCCCAAACAGAGGUCUUCCUCUGUUACCCUCACCUACCAUGCAGGGCCCAGGAGAGCAGGCACAUCUCCGAGCCUGAGCCCAGUCACCUCACCAAGCCAUGGUCCUCUCGCAGUAGGCGCAGGUUCUUCAACGUCACUUGUCACUCGACCACCUGUUGAGUUCCCAGACACGGCUGACUUCCUGACAAAGCCCAGUGUCAAUCUGAACCUGCACAAGCCCUUAGGCUACAACCUCAGCUCGUCUGAUUUCCAGCAGGCCUUCCGUAGCUCCACCUUCCCUAUCUGCACCAGCUGUGGUCGGCAGAUGCUCAAGGGAAUUUCCGGCAGUGAUACAGGGGAAUCUCAUCAGCCAUUUACCAGUGAGGCCCAACGCAGGCGCUCAGCAGGGGAAGGGCUGGAGUUCCCAGGAGAGCAUCUGAUCAGAGAGGAGAGCGUUGAGGUGGACGUGUCCGGCGACAGCGGGCCAGGCGUUGCAGGGAACCAGGGGCAGGCGGAAGAGGAGAAGGAGAAGAGCCCGAGCACAGACCAGCAGACUCAGGAAUCAGAGGGUGAGCAGGAGUUCAGACUAGAUCCUAUGCUGGAGGACCAUGAGGCUGUCAUGGAGCGGAUGAACACCUGGAACUUCCAGAUCUUUGACCUGGUGGACAAAACAGGCGGGAAGACAGGAAGGAUACUCAGCUAUGUGACAUAUACCCUUUUCCAGGAUACGUGUCUGUUUGAAAUUUUCAAGAUCCCUGUGAGGGAGUUCAUGACAUACUUCUGUGCUCUGGAAAAUGGCUACAGGGACAUUCCCUAUCACAACCGGGUCCAUGCUACUGAUGUGCUCCAUGCUGUCUGGUACCUGACCACUCGACCAAUCCCUGGGUUCCAGCAGAUUCACAGUGAACAUGUGACAGGAAGUGACACAGAUUCAGAUAGUGGGAUCUCUCCAGGCAGGAUAUCCUACGCCUCCUCCAAAAGCUCCUCGAUUUCAGAUGACAGCUAUGGCUGCCUGGCCUGGAACAUACCUGCCCUGGAGCUCAUGGCCCUUUAUGUAGCAGCUGCAAUGCACGACUAUGACCACCCUGGUCGCACAAAUGCCUUUCUAGUAGCUACUAAUGCAGCUCAGGCAGUGCUGUAUAAUGACAGGUCGGUGCUGGAGAACCACCACGCUGCGUCUGCCUGGAGCCUCUACCUGUCCCGGCCAGAGUUCAACUUCCUGGUCAACCUGGACCACGUGGAGUUCAAGCGUUUCCGCUUCCUUGUCAUCGAGGCAAUACUGGCCACAGACCUCAAGAAGCUUGACUUCCUGGCUGAGUUCAACGCUAAGGUGAAUGAUGUGAACAGUCCAGGAAUCGACUGGACCAAUGAGAAUGACAGACUGCUGGUGUGCCAAGUGUGUAUCAAGCUAGCAGAUAUCAAUGGACCUGCCAAAGUCCGUGACCUGCACCUCAAGUGGACAGAAGGCAUCGUCAAUGAGUUUUAUGAACAGGGAGAUGAGGAGGCAAGGUUGGGAUUACCCAUCAGCCCCUUCAUGGACCGCUCCUCCCCACAGCUGGCAAAGCUACAGGAGUCCUUCAUCACUCAUAUAGUAGGGCCACUUUGUAACUCCUACGAUGCUGCUGGCCUUCUUCCUGGCUACUGGAUCAACGAAGCGGGAUCAGAUGAAGACGAUGAGGAGGGGCAAGUGGACACAGACACGGAUGAAGAUGAGGAUGAAGAGGAUGAGCUAGAGGAUGAGCUGGUACCAAAAAGGAGGAAGAACCGCCGCAGGUUGUUCUGCAACAUCAUGCAACACCUGACGGAGAACCACAAGGUGUGGAAGAAGACCAUCGAGGAGGAGGAGAAGAGCAAAGAGCUUGGCAAACAGCAGCAGCAGUCCGACAGCCUGCUCCCCAGCCUGCCGGCCAGCCUGCCCACCUCCCCGUCAGAUGACAUCCAGGUCAUCCAGGAGGAGGAGGAGGGAGAGGAGCGUCAGUAACAGGAGGAUGAAAGAAAGAACAGAGAUGCGUGAAAAAGAAGAGGAGAGGCAGUGUAAGGACAUGACUCCCUCAACCACCUGCCUUUCACCAACAUGAACAUGAGAAACACACACACACAGUUGACAAAUGCACAUAAAACACACUUUGCUCCCGCUCUCUCUCUCACACACAAACACACACACACACACACACACACACAUAUAUUGAAAGAUUCACUGUGCAGACACUCAGAUGCUUAAGCAGUCAUUGUUUUUGGAGAAACAAAAAGGCCUUACUACUGUGAGCGGAUUCUUGCUGCAACGGUGGGAGCCCAACUCCUAUGCACUUUCACCCCAUGGAGAGUCGAGUGCACCCGGUAAAAGAAAUAAAAAUUAUAAAUAAGAAAAAAGCACCAGAACUGAGGAGGAAGGUGCAGAAGAAGAGUGUGGGUGGGGUACAGCAUUAACUUGCCCUCCAUUGUGACCUGGCUGUGAUGCUGGCUUGAAUGCAAAAGCGCUUACACCUCCCUUAGGUACAAAACAAUUCCUGUCUAUUUAAAAAUGAAAGGUAGAGGAAAAAUAAUGAAGCAAGCGACAUCAUGAAGAGAUUGAUACCCUUUACCAAAGUGAACAGUUUAACAUGGAAAGACAUGAGACUGACACCGUUUCAGCCUCAAUGUCAGGUAUAUUUUUUAAUUAUAUAUAUAUAUAUAUAUAUACACAUAUAUAUAUCAAAUGUGCCUGUCUGAACCUUUACUGAGUCCAUAUUGGCCCAGAGCCUAGGCUUGUGUAGUUCUCUCUCCUUGCUGGUGACACAAAACACUGUAUCAGACUCAGUCACAGAGACAUUAUUGAAAUGUUGACUGAUUAAUAGCAUUAUAUCUGCAUCAUUUUUGAUGCUUUUACUCAUGUGUACCACCCGUCUUUGUUUUUUCUUUCGGAUUCUUUAACUUUCCUCGCUUUGAGUGUGUGUGUGAAUAUUUUUUGGAAGUGGGAAUGCGAUAUAGAGAGACUGAGCAGGGAGAAAGAGAGCACAUUUUUAAUUAUUUUGGUAUGUAUUUUGUGUGUGCGUUUGUGUGUCCUCUGUAAUGGUUGGUUUCUAAUCAGUGAAAUGUCCUCUGGUGUUUUAACAUGUUGCAUUGAGAUCAGGAGUGCUGUUUCAAUGAAUGGAUUCUUCAUUUUCCUUUUUUUUUUUUAUUCUAAGUAUUUUUUAAAGGUUACUCAGGAUUCAUGCAAAGUUGAAUAAUUAUUUUGCAAGAAUUUAUGUCAUUAAUAUGAAAUACACCGUAAAAACUAAGAAAAUUAAAAUCUGGGUGACUGAAGUAGUUUGUAAUCUCUUAAUGAACAACUUGACUACAAAUUCAAGCAAUUGAAAUCCUCUGUGACAGAGGAGCAUACAGUAUGUGCUGUCUCUUGGCCAUCCAUACACUGUUUGCAUAACCUUUUUACAACCUCACUGGAGAAAAGCUUAUCUUGAUUGUCAGCAGACUGCAGAUGUCUCCUGCAGAAACACAGCACAUUGUACAAUGUUGUAGUUCUUUAACAGUAUAUUAGGUAAUGUUUGUUUUUUUAAUCCUAUGUUCUCUGCAUUGUUUUUAAACAAACAGUACAAUGUCUACUCAUCUGUGUUUUAGUCAGCAGGCAAACACUGAUGUUUAGACAAAUUGAAAGCUCACCCAACUCUCCUUUUCCUAAUUUUCUUUUGUUUGUUUUUGCCAAACCCGUAACUUGGCCAGUGUGUAAAGAAGGGAUCCAGGAGGCAGGUUUUUUAAAAAAAAAACCUACUAGUUCUCUAUUUUUGUCUCUAAGAACUCUUGGCAUUCCACUAGAAUAAGACCUUUUAUGAAAGGGACGGCAGAAUUGUUGCCUAGCUCCUUUAGCUCCUUUAUUAAAUCAAAAUCUCUGGAGAAAAUAUUAAGUAAACAGUGUAAAUCAAGAUCGUAAAUAUUUAAAGACAAAAAAAUAGACACAGGUGUGCACAUUUUAAUACCAAACAAGUGUUUAGCCGCUGUACAAAAGAGUAUGUGCAUAUAAAUAUAUAUUUUUUAAAUAAUCAAAUGAAUGCAUCUGUUUUCUACAUGCAGCUGACAUAUUGUACAUUGAGAUCCUGUAAUUACCAUUGUGUUUCCAGAGUUUUUAUCUACUUCUAUUUACAGGUGUGGAACUGUGGGGUUUGGUGUUUUGAUUUUGAUUUCGUUUCAGCCUCUCCCUGUUCUGUAUCAUAACCACUCUUGUAUUCUUCAUAAUCUCUCUCUUAUCACUGUUGUCUCAGUCAACCCAACUAGUGCCAAACUUUACCUACAUACAGUAGUUUUGUGGGCUGUGAUACGCUGAUUGGCAAACUUUCUCCGGGCUCCAGUACUGUUCAUGCAAGAGAAACACUUUGAGGCAAACAUUCCACCAGCACUUAAAGUGGCAGUGACGGUGUCAGGAGUCGGAGUUGGACUCAGGUCAGAGCCAUACGCAUUCUGACAACUCUGUCGUCAGUUUUUUUCACAUGGACCCAUGCUGGAUCAUAAAGCCUUGGUAGAUCCCGACCCGACAUAUUCUGGUUCAUUAAGUUGUAAAAGUUUGUUGGCUUCUCACUGUGCAGUCUUUCAAACCACAGUGUCCUCUGAUGAUUGUGCCAUAAAUACAUCUAUGAAUGGUUGUUACCCUUAUGUAGCAUCAGUAUACGUACGUUUGUCUAAUGUAACCAUUCACCCUUAUCUACAUUGUGGGGGCAACUGAUUUUUGUUGUUAUUUAUAGCUGUCAUAAAACACCAUCCCUAAAGUAUCA